AUGGCCGUCUGCUGCACGACACCUGACGUCCAGCAGCAGGCCGUGCUGGCGCGCGCCUCUGCCGCCCUGCGCUGCCUCGCCCUGCCGGAGGAGGCGCGCCGGCUGGUCGCUCGCCUCUACGCACACCCGCACCCGCGGCACGGCUGGGAGGUAACGGAUUUGGCAACAGAGCUGCGCAGUGCGCCAACGCCGAGCCAGCUGCGCUUCAUGCGGCGCGCGUGCGCCGUGAUGGACGCGAACGCGUUCGAGGUGAGCGCGGGCGUGCGCGGCCUGUACCCGCUGUCGGCCAUGAUGAACAACGAGUGCUCACCCAACACGACGCACGGCUUCGACGAGAGCCACGCCAUGGUGGUGCGCGCAGCUGUCGAUAUUCCGGAGGGCCGCGAGCUCACCAACUCGUACACGCCGCUGCUGUGGGGCACGCCGGCCCGACAGAGGCACCUGCAGCUCACGAAGCACUUCCUCUGUCGCUGCGAGCGCUGCACGGACCCCCAGGAGUUCGGGUCGCUGCUGUCUGCGCUGCGCUGCGGGCGCGGCGGCUGCCCAGGCGCCGUGGUCAGCGAGGACCCGCUGGACGCGUCGUCCCCGUGGCGCUGCGGCACCUGCGGCCGACAGUUGGGUGCGGCCAAGGCGCGCGCCACGUUGGCAGCCCUGGGGGCCGUGCUGGCCAGGGUGGACACGGGCAGCCCCGAGGCGGUGGCCGCGCGCCUCCGCUGCCCAGCGCUGGCCCAGCUGCUGCACCCCUCCAACCAGGUCGCCGUCGAGCUCAAGAGCUGCCUCGUCUGGCACUACGGACACUCCGCCGGCUACACCUGGCGAGAGCUAUCGGAUGACCAGCUGAGUUGGAAGGAGGCGGCGUGCGGUGAACUUCUGGCGCUGUUACGGCAGCUUCGCGCUGGUCGCACUAGGCUAACAGGUCUGCUGAUGCUGGAGCUGAGCUGCACCCUGGAAGAGAAGUUGAGGAGACAACAGCGGGAGGCUGAUGCCGCAUUACACGCCCAGAUGGACAGCUACCUGCGGGACGCGGCCUCUGUUUUCGCCGGUGACGUCACAGCGCCGCCCGAGCUGUGGCGCUGCGUAGCGGCCGUCGGCAGGAAGCUGUGUGCCAAUGAGUGGAGCAGCUGCCCGUUAGAGGCGCCACCAGACGGCCAGGCAGCCGUGAUGUCCAACUGCUGCACCUAGCCACAACGCCGGUGUUGCUCACGAAAGCAGCUGCGACAGGCUACUGCGUAUUAACUGAUCGAAAAAAAAAAAAAAAAAAAAAAAAAAUCUUGCAAAGCUCUAACUGUUUAGGA